CCCAAUACCCUUCCCCUGACCCCUGGACCUAGGCUGGAGCUCUCGAAGCCUUUCUUCCUCACCUCAUCACACCAACGAUUUCGAGUCUCUUCUUCCCCUCAUCACACCAACACUCUCUUCCUCGCAGUCCCUCUCAGUUUCGAAGACUCUCUUCCUCUGCUUCGUCUCCAUUGCGUCUCCUCCGUCGCUGCUGCGGUGCUGCCCUCUGUCGCUGCUGCGGUGCUGCCUCUCCGUCGCCAGAAUCUGCCUCAUCCAAAAGACGGGCAGCGGCUACUCUGUGUGAAGAACAUCUCUACGAGGAUCACCUUUCUUCCAACCCUUUCAACCUUUUAUUAUUUAUCAGAAAGAAGAAAAAGGAUGGUUCUAUCGGAGGAGGAAAUCAACAGGCUGUAUAGAAUUAGGAAGACGGUGAUGCAGAUGCUGAGGGACAGGGAUUACCUUGUUGGGGACUUCGAGAUCAAGAUGAGUAGAGAAGAAUUUAGAAGAAAAUAUGGCGAGAACAUGAAGAGGGAAGACCUUGUCAUCAACAAAUCCAAGAAGGAUAAUUCUUCUGACCAGAUCUAUGUCUUCUUCCCCGAAGAAGCUAAAGUUGGUGUCAAGACCUUGAAGACCUACACCAAUCGAAUGAACUCCGAGAAUGUUUUCAGGGCUAUCUUGGUUUGUCAACAGAAUUUAACACCAUUUGCCCGCACUUGUAUCAGUGAAGUUUCUCAAAAAUUUCACUUGGAGGUUUUCCAGGAAGCAGAAUUGCUGAUCAACAUAAAAGAACAUGUUCUUGUCCCUGAGCAUCAAGUACUUACUGAUGCAGAGAAGAAAACUUUGAUUGAGAGAUAUACUGUGAAAGAAACUCAACUUCCUAGGAUUCAAGUUACUGAUCCUGUUGCAAGAUAUUAUGGAUUGAAGCGUGGACAAGUUGUUAAGAUAAUCCGGCCAAGUGAGACUGCAGGCAGAUAUGUUACCUACCGAUUUGUUGUAUAAGAAUUUCCUUCAACGUCCUGACUAUAUUUAUGGUACCAUAUGCCCUCUAUCGAUAGAUAUUUAUGAGAGCUUGAAGCAUGGACAAGGAUAAAGAACCGGCUUUUUCUUUUGGGUGUACUCUUUUAGCUAUCAGUUAGAAGUUAUUGUUGAACCUUAGUAGUCAAACUAAGACAUUCUAUACUGCGGUGGUUAGUUUCCAAUGUUCCGCAAAACCCGUCUUUAACUGCACGAAUUCUUUUGGUUGUGCGCUCUCGGUGGGUUAUUCUGAAUAUCGGAAAAUAUGGUGACUCGGAUUCCGCAUAAAAUGGCAUCAGAAUAGGAUCCACUAAUAACUUUUUUUAAUUAAAAUAUUUUCUUUCAAUUCA